AUAGCAGACAAAAAGAAAAAGUGAAGAUGAUCUAUUUAGUGGCAGUGAUGCUAAUUCUUGCAUCAUUGGACCAAGCAAAAUCAGAACCCAAGGUGAGCGGCUGGGAUGACGAAGACUGGAUAGCUGCAGACAUAAUCACCAACAAUUACGGAAGUGAUGAUUUUUACAAUCAAACUGGAAAUGUAGAUAGUGCGGUAGUACAAUUUAAAACUGAUAGCGUUUUGGGGACCAAAGAUUGGAUAACUGUUCACUUUUUGAACAAGGAUGAUGAAGAAACCGGACAGUUAGAUCUUUCAUUUUAUGAAAUGAUGUUCAUAAAGACUUACGGCUGCGUGCAGAACGCAGAAUUCUCCGCCACCUUACCGAGUGAAAAUGAAAAGAUCUGGACCGUUUCUUUUAACGACGAACUAAGGCUAACAAUAGAUGUCAAUGGGGUCAUCGUUUACAACUUUUUGAUGUCAGAAUGUACAACAGACUGGUGGAAUGAAGUGUGGAUAAAAGGCACAGUAUCCAUAACAAUUACAUCACCAGAUUCCAAGGAUAUAGUACUGGACGGUUACAGGGCAAAACCCAAGGUGAGCGGCUGGGAUGACGAAGACUGGAUAGCUGCAGACAUAAUCACCAACAAUUACGGAAGUGAUGAUUUUUACAAUCAAACUGGAAAUGUAGAUAGUGCGGUAGUACAAUUUAAAACUGAUAGCGUUUUGGGGACCAAAGAUUGGAUAACUGUUCACUUUUUGAACAAGGAUGAUGAAGAAACCGGACAGUUAGAUCUUUCAUUUUAUGAAAUGAUGUUCAUAAAGACUUACGGCUGCGUGCAGAACGCAGAAUUCUCCGCCACCUUACCGAGUGAAAAUGAAAAGAUCUGGACCGUUUCUUUUAACGACGAACUAAGGCUAACAAUAGAUGUCAAUGGGGUCAUCGUUUACAACUUUUUGAUGUCAGAAUGUACAACAGACUGGUGGAAUGAAGUGUGGAUAAAAGGCACAGUAUCCAUAACAAUUACAUCACCAGAUUCCAAGGAUAUAGUACUGGACGGUUACAGGGCUUUCCCAAAAGAUGACUAAAGUACCUAAAGAUCACAGAAUUCAUUUACAUAGCUAAAGUGGAUCACAGAAAACUGCAGAGAACAAGAUGGAACAUUAUAUCAGUGCUGCAGGUUUGGUCACCUUAAAAUCAGCUACUAAUGUUACGGAGGUCUCCUGAAAAGUGCCAUUAGAAAAGCUGCUUAUAGAAACAAACGCCAGACACUCGUCACUCCCUGCAUGCAACCAAAGAACGCUAACCUCUUCCACAGAAACUCGCCUUGGUCAACAAGCCCGUCUAUGGAAAUACAUGGGGUGCAACUUGCAGCUAAACUAGCCGAAAUCAGAGAAAUCAAAUUAGACAUUGUCUUACUUCAAGUUAUAAAUAAUGUGACUAAUAUGUAUUGUAUUUGAGGACAGUAAAUAUGAACAAUUUAUUAUGAAUAUGCCCAAUUAUAACUCUAAGAAUUGGACUUUUCACCUUCGACUUAUAUAUCUUUAAAAAUAUUAAAAUAUACUACAGAAGAAUGAAGACUGUUUGGAGUGAUUAAUAACAUCGGUUAAGGUUUUGUAUAAUAGUCCUUCAGACUGCUAAAAACGAGGUAUAAAUGGAACGCGCGUUUUGUAACUCCGUCUUGAUAUAUAAAGGAUCUUAUUUUGUAUUCGAAUUCAACACCGCGCGUAAAGCGUGGACGUGACGGUCCGGCCUUCGAUUGACUGACGAUGUUGAGGCAAUAGUCAACACGGUAUAGUAUAGUUUGCAGAAAAUUUGCCCGGUUUAGAAUCACUCAGUUUACAAAAUGAGUGUUUUUAAUUUCAUUGAAAAAAUGUAUUAUCAUCAUGGUCCAUAAACCAGCUGUUACAAUAUUAUUUUGUGUAAAUUCAAGCAUCGAACUCCCUACCUUCUGGUUGCGAGUCCGGGAGAGCACCCUUACACCACAUUAGUGCCACAUAAACUUGCGACACUCAAAAAAGUACUUUUGCGACACUAUGAAAAAAAAGUGUGGGCUAUGUGGCACUCUGAAAAACAUGCGGCACUCUAAUGUGGCACUAUAAUGUAACACUUUGGUUCUGGUGUCGAAAUCUUGCAGUUAUGAAUAAGUUUCGUUCUUAAUUCUAAAGCAACUUCUAAGUAUAGAUGAACAAGAUUAAGCUCAAUUAUCAGUAUUUUUCGCAAUCAGACUGUAAUUCAUAAAAGGAUGGAAAGCACUUUAGUGUGACGGGUUGUGAACCUUCAACUAGUUGGGAAUAUAUUAAUAUCUGCAUAAAAGCUGGAAUAAUUUGCUAGGAGAAUUAUUACACAAUUUAUAGAAUAAUUUAUGGACCAUCAGGGGUCGUUCACAUAUUACUUUAUCAUUCACAUUUUUUGGUGGCAUGGUCCUGUUAUGCCUCGGUGCAGUUUUCUGAGGAUUGGGAUGUCGCAAAGAUUACUCAUACUUCUUACAUAAAACUAGAGCCUUUUGAUAGUCAAACAAGUGACCGAUUCUGUCUUAACUUUUAGAACGUGUGCAGUUUGUUUUUAUACCGAGGUUCUUUAAAUUAAUAUUUCAUGUUCUUCAUCAACGAGCUAUUCAGUUUUAUGUCUACAUCUAUAUUGGUAAAUAUUAUAUAAACAGAUUUUAACGUUUCGGAACAAGUUCAUAUUUUCAGAUGACUCCAAGCUAAUUCUAACAAUCGUUGGGUGAAAUUGUGUCAGCAGAUUAAUUUUUGUGUGCCC